AUGAGUUGGAGUCGCCAUAAGACUCCUACAGAGAUCCGUAGUUUCCUUGGGUUGGGGGGUUACUACCGGAGAUUCAUUGAAGGGUUCUCUAGUAUUGCUUCGCCUUUGACCAAGUUGACCAACAAGGAUAUUCAGUUUGUGUGGACUGAAGAAUGUGAGAAGACAUUCAAUGAGCUGAAUACUAGAUUGAUUACGGCUCCAGUGUUGACAAUUCACACUAGCAGGGGUGAUUCUGGCAUUUAUAGUGAUGCUUCUAACCAACGUUUGGGGUGUGUAUUGAUGCAGGAUGGCAGUGUAGUUGCUUACGGCUCAAGUCUCAAUUAG